AUGGCGGCGGCUUCACUCUCGGCCACCAUUCCGAUGAAGGACCCAUUUUUAUCAAAGACCACUGAAUUUCUUCAUUUCACCUCGAGGCAAAGCAGCAUUAUCAAUACCAAUAUCGGGUCCAAAGCUAAGGAAUUAGCUUUCAGAUUCUCGAGCUCAAAGGCCUUGCACGUGCCCUUUGCCACCACCGAUAAACCCAAUGCAGCUCCGGCUCUCACGGAGACUUUCUCCCCGACCACCGCUUCCAAGAUCUUGUGUGUUUCUUCCAGGGAUAGCGGGGUGUUUGGCCCAAGGGGAUACAACAUUGAGUCACUUGCUGUUGGUCUCAACAAGGACAAGGCUCUGUUUACCAUCGUUGUCUCCGGGACUGACAAGAUUCUCCGACAAGUCGCUGAGCAACUUCACAAGCUUGUUAAUGUCAUCAAGGUAGACGAUAUCUCAAUGGAACCACAUGUAGAACGUGAAUUAAUGCUUAUAAAACUCAACUCCAAUCCAUCCACUCGUGUCGAGAAAAUGUGGCUAGCCGAUAUCUUCCGAGCAAGCAUUGUGGAUACUUCAGUUACCGAAGACCCAGGAAAGAUGGAAGCUGUUCAAAGAAAUAUGAGCAAGUUUGGGAUAAAAGAACUUGCGAAGACUGGGAAGAUGUCUGAGCGUGAAAAGAUGGGGAAACUGCUCCUUUUUGGGGAUUUUCUGCUGCUUCUUAUCCAGAUCUUGAG